CUGACGGUGAUGACGACAGUUACAAAGUGGUGACAAGGCAAAGACGACGGUGACCGGCGAUGGUGCUGCUUAAAUUUUGUUCUCUAAGCCUGUUGAUUCUCCAUCAUCUUAUUUUUUAUCUUCUGGUUUCAACAAUCUUGACCCCUCUCAGGUAAACUUUUCCAUGCCACCCAAGUCUACUACUCCUCCUUUUCUCAGUGGGUUGUCGAGCAACCCAUUGGAGAAUAGCUUUGAUUUCAUGAUUUAAGCUCACAGAACCAAAUGGGGCAGAACAGUUUAAGUUUUUUUCCUCAGUUUGCUUGUUCUAAUAUGCUUCUAAUGCCUCAAGCAAUCGAUGGGUUUGGUUCAAUUGGGUUUGGGGUUAAUUCUGGCAACGAGAGUGUUGGCAAUUCGUUAAUCCUUAAUAGGUCUAAGUUGUUAAAGCCUCUUGAUAACUUUGCAUUGAUUGGUGAACAACCAACACUGUUCCAAAAAAGGGUUGUACUUAGAAAAAACUUAGAGAAUAAUGGUGGAAAUUUGGGGGUUUUGGGUACUGAAAUAGGCCAAUCUUCGAGCGAUAAGGAAGUGCAUAAAGUGAGUGAAAGGAAGAGGAAAUUCAGUAAUAGUGAUGAUCUUGAUGAUUUGAGUGUUACUGUUUCAACUCUGAAUUCUGAUUCAGACGAUUUAGUCAAAAACUCAGCUACCAUGGUGGAAGAAAGUACCAAAACUAGUGGAAAUAGUUCAAACACAACUAGCAUUGUUACUACUGGAGUUGAUCAGAAAGGGAACGUAGUAACUAGCAUUGUGCUUUCUACGUUCAAAUUUAUGCUGGAGAUAGACAUUUUCUACAUUUAGAGUAUAUAGUCGGUUAUACACAUAGAUGAUAAACUGAUGAUUUGUUUGAUUCAAACCUAUUGGUGUUACUUAUCUUUUGUUUCUAUAGUUUCUUGUUAUAUCACUAUGCAAGCUAUUGUAAAGAUCAAUGUAGAUUAAUCACUGAAUACGACUUUAAUUUUGGUAUAUAAAAUUUGGCCUCUACUAUUAGAUAAGAAACUAUGAGAAUUGUUAUAUUCUUUAGUUUUAAAAGGGGGUUUUCCUGCUUUCCUAUACCCUUAUCAUUAGCCAUGACAGAAAGAAAACCAUUGGCAUCAAUAUUGAGUUGUCAUCGAGUUGUCUAUAUGACUCUCAUACUUGUGUUUUAUUCAGGUCCA